UUUCUCGCUGCAGCAGGUAAUCCAAAUGUUCAGCUAUAUGAUAUGACCACUCAUAAUCCGAGUCCGAUUAUCACAUUAAGAGGACAUAAACAUAACGUAACAGCUGUCGGAUUCAUUGAUGAUAACAUCGUUUACACAGGAAGUGAAGAUGGAACUUUAAAACUUUGGGAUAUCAGGGAGAAAUCGGUAAAAAAGUCAUUCAACAAUUUUGUUCCUGAUGAUAUAUGUGCGUGGUAUAAUGCAAGAAAAUCCAUGGUAAAUGACGUAGCAAAAUACCCUUCAGAAUACAAAUUGGUAUCUAUAGAUGAAGAAGGUUACAUAAAAUUUUGGGAUAUGAGAUGUGAAUCUAGUACGAGUUUAUGUCAUCAGAUGGUUGGAAAUAAUUUUCCUGCAUCCCCUUUACAUUCCUUAAGUAUGGCCCAAAAUGAAUCUAUAAUGGUUGCAGCAAACAGUGAAGGAUAUUGUUACGCUUGGGAUUUAACCUCUGUAAAUGCUACAAAUACUUUACCGAAUCCUAUUAAACAUCAAGCGCAUGGUUUUAAGAGGGGAAAUAAAUCAUUUAUUACUAGAUGCUCAUUGAAUCCGGAUGCUAGUUAUCUAGCAACCUGUGGUGCGGACCAAAUGGCAAAAAUUUGGAGAAUUUCAUACAAAGAUCGUGACAGAUUAAGAGACAUUAACGAGGAAAAAAAUAUUAUUCAAGGAUUUGAAGAAAAUCAGACAUUUGAACAUCCAGCUCCUUUCUGGGUAAAGGAUUGUGUUUGGUCGAAUGAUUCUCGAAUCUUUAUAACUGUUUCUUCAGAUACGAUAAUGAGACUUUGGAGGGCUGCCACUGGUGAACUAGUGCAACAAUUCAAAUGUCAUAAAUAUGGAAUUAUUUGUGUUUUUCUUCAUGAAUUUGAUGAUUA